UCCGGUUCCUUGGCGCGGCCGCCAUGGCGCCGCUGUGCCGUCAGCUGUUGCUGCUGUUCGCUUUGGCUCUCGCCCUCGGCCCCGCCGCCGGACUGGAUGCGCUGGGCGAGGCGGAGGAGCUAGCGGCGGUGAUGGCGGCGGAGCUGCGAGCCGCGGGGUUGCCCGGAGACCUGCCCGAGCUGGAGCCCGAGUGCCGUCGCCUCCUCACCGCCUUCGCGGAGGGCAGCGCGACGCUGUCGGGGUGCCUGGCCCGCCGCGCCCGCCCGGUGCGGCUCUGCCAGGCCUGCGGCGGCCUCUACCGCAGCCUCCUGACGCAGUACGGGGACAUCGCCCGCGCCGUCGGGAAUUCCUCCGAGAGCCACAAUUGUGCCAAAAGUAUCCUGACCUCGGACAGGCUGCAGGUAGUUGUGACCCUUUCAUCCUUCUUUAAUGACACCUGGGAGGCAGCCAACUGUGCAAAUUGUAUAAAGAACAACAGUGAGGGAUUAUCAAAUUCUACUCAAGAAUUCAUGGAUUUAUUCAAUAAGUCUCUGGCAUGUUUUGAACAUAACCUUCAGGGACAAGCCAUGGAUCUAUCACCAAAUAACUACACUGAAGUGUGUAAAAAUUGCAAUGGAACCUACAAAAAGUUGAACGACCUCUAUAACAAGUUGCAAAGGCUGAACAGACAUGGUGAUGAGUCUGGGCACUCCGCACACUUGUGCAUCGAUGUGGAAGAUGCAAUGAACAUCACUCGGAAGCUUUGGAGCAGGACUUUCAACUGCUCUGUUCCCUGCAGUGAUACAGUCCCAGUGAUUGCCGUUUCGUCCUUUAUCCUCUUCCUACCUGUUGUUUUUUAUCUUAGUAGCUUCCUUCACUCAAAGCAGAAGAAGCGGAUACUCAUUUUGCCCAAACGUAUCCAGUCAAAUGCCAGUCUUGUGAACAUCCAAGAAAAAUACAGCUGAGCUGCAAAACAAAACCUGAGAACUGCUGCUGGUAUACAGUGGGUACAAUUGUGUUGGAAUGAGGCCGGCACAAAAGAGGAGUUAAUUAUGGUUUAGUGUAAUGAUACAGAGCAACACAAGUUAAACAAAAUGCUGUCUGACUUCUAAGCGAGGAUAUUAACAAACAUGACAAGGCAGGGCUGUGUGACACUGUAUGGACUCCAGCUUUGAAAAAUCUGUGUUUUUUCCAGUCUCAGGCUGAAGCUGGUGUUUUUCUGUCUCUAAGCCUUUUUAUUUCUCACCACUAGAAUACUUUCUUGGCACGUUUUUUUUCCUCUUUAAUUUAUUGUGUUAGUUUCACAGAAACCUAUCUGAGAUUCUGAAUCUUUUUGAGAUGAUUUUCAUAGACAGGAAAGACUUGAAUUAAUAUUUGAUAUUCCUGUUUGAAACAUUAUUUCCAUGUAAUAGAUGGCCUUGGGAUUGACAGAAAACUUUUGAAAAAUAGACAUUCCCUUCUGAUACCUCUUCCUAAAGUCACACUGCUGCUGAGUGGGUUGUAAUGGUCUCUGUGAAAGACAGGAGAUCUGCAGCGGAAGUGGUAGUAUAUAAUGUCCAAAGCCAGCAACAAAAGCAACAGAACUGCCAGCGCUAGACGUGAAUAGCAAUCAUUAAUGACUACAGUAUUGAGCUGUUACUGAAACAGGCAGUGUAUUUACUCAUUUGCACACUUGAACCACUAAGUAAAAUAAUUGCUCUUUAUAUGUUAAAUUCUCAGAGGCUCAUUCUAGACGUGUGCCUGGGUAAUUGAGCACAUCACUUUUUUUCUAUUUAUUGUGUUGUUUCCUUUUUUCCUUUUAUCUUUUUUUUUUUUUUUUUUUUUUUUGUAGAGAAGUGAGGUAAAGUCAAGUCACUGGAGGAAUUUCCUAGCCUAGAGCUUGCUAUGGCUUAAUACAGAGGUGUUUACAGGAAUGUGGUGGGGAAAAACACAAUCCUUUUCUACAUAACAUGUAUUUUAUCAGUACAUGAGCCAGGGGAUUCUCUAACUUGAAAACUGUCCUGCAGGACAAUAAAGAUAGUGUGUUGGGAAUUGAUGACUUUCAAUAAAUAGUUUUAAAAAAUAGCCAUGUGGAACAGAUGAAUAAUUAAUAUAAGGUUGCAGGAUUCCAAAGCAGAUUAAAAAAAAAAGUUGUAUAAUAACUUCAGGAAUGGACAGCGCUGCUGGUAGGCAAUGGGUAUGGUUCUACAGGCAACAGCUGCAGCAGUACCGGAGGUUCUGUUUGGCUGGUGAUAGUGCUAACCUGGGAGAGCAGCAGGGUUAGAGUGAUUUAUAGCUAUACCUGAGAUUAACGAACGUCUUUGGUCCCAUUUUGAAAUGUGUUUUUAUAACCGUGAGAUAAUCAUGAAUGGCUGCAUUGGCAAAACGAAUUUCUCUUGAAACCUGUGUGUCUGACUUCUGUCAUAACUCCUAUGAAGUCUUAUGUAUUUGUCUUGCUUUGGAGCCUGAUAUGUUUAAUUUUUCCUUUGCAUAAAAGGCUCAAAUAAAUAUACAGCAAUUUAACAAAACAGUCCUAAGCUUUUUGAGUUGUUGUGGUUCUUUGGUUUUGGUUGGGUUUUUUUUUGAGUCAGGACACUGUUCAUUUUAAAGUCAAGUUGACAGUGUAUGUUUAAUAUGAAGUACCAUGUUACUGACUGGUUAUGUCCACAUGAUUGGGUGGUUUUUUUUUUGUAUUUUAUAACAAAAUAAUAGUAUUUGUACUUAUCUGCCUUUGUUACGUGUGGAUUUCUAGGUCAACAGUCAGUUUGCUCUAGGUAGUGUAUAACAAUAAUAGAAAACUGUUACUUCUGCUUAUGGCUUGGUUAUUCUGCAACUGGGAGAGGCAUGCUGCCUUCAAAGAGAAAAAAGAUGAAUUUUUUUGGUAUCUUGAUCUUUUUUGUAUUUCUUAUUCUCAAACUUGCACUUUCUGGGACUUAUUCAGCUGCCUGUUCUAAUAGCAUUACUUUGAUUUGGGACAUCAUAUGAUUGAGAGCUGCUGAAAGCAAUCUUUCAUUCAUGCAGAUAAAGCCAGUUUGUAUGCGCAGCAUUUCAGAAUGACAGCUUUUAUACUGUAAGCAGUGGCUUUUUGAGCACAUUCGUGUUAAGUAGGUCUCAAAGUCAUUACUUUGGAUGUGGUGAUUAAGCACUUAAAAAAAAAAAUAACCCAAAAGCCCAGCUUUUCUUAUUUUCCUGGCUGCUAAGCCAAAUGGAAAUGCUCAUGUGACUUUUGCUGGGUUUUGUUUUAAAGCAGUAGUGAUGUUUACACUUGAGAUUUUUAAUCUUAUAUCUACUGUUUCUCCUUUUUCCCCAACCUUCGCACCACUACCCUGCUUUACAGUGUUAUAUUUUUGGUAGGAUGUUUCUUACAAAAAGAAAUUGACUGAAUUCUCUUUAUACUCUUCCUUAGAGAAAUGUGGAAGCACACAGUUUGUGUGUUUGAAGGAGGCCUAGAAUUCUUUUUGCUGCUAAUCUUUCACCUUGGUUUAUUUUUUCUUGUUGGUAUUAUAUGUACAAAGUGGCAAACUUUGGAAAUCCCGGUUGUUUGUAUCUUUUUUGUGCAAAUAAAGAUUUCUAACAGUGGGGUAGCACUUUGGUUUGUAUUUAUACUUAUUAGGAAACUUCUCAACACUGCAAGUCAGCUUUAAUAAAGAUUGUCAAUAAACAGUGAA